CAACGUGAUAUCGCGAGACUUUGUAGCCAUCGUAAACAGUAAUGGCCGCCAAAAUAGGGAAGAUUGUGAUGUUACUGAAAUAGUGGCCAACACACUUUGAAUGAUGGAUCCCACUUAGUGACCUGCAGAAGUUGUUUUUCACUGGAGAGAUUAGACAUCAAAGACCAUCAUGUUGGUGGAGAGGUACCGCCCCAUCCUCUACCUCCAAUACUUCCUUCUUCUCAUCGACCUCUUCAUGAACUCAUUUAUUGAGUUGAUGCGAUUUGAAAAUGUUAUUCUCCUUGUGAUGUUUGUGGUACAGGAUGUGUGUAUCAUCUUCGCGGUGAUUGUAGUCUUCCUUCUCUUCUUCAACACAUACAUAUUCCAGGCUGGCUUGGUCAACAUUCUUAUAAACAAAUUCAAGAUGGUGAUCGGUGUUACAUUCAUCUACUUUGGUCUCAAUGUAGGCCUACAUGUGUGGGAAAUGAGCCUGAGAUGGAAAAGCCCCAACAUUUAUGUCUGGGAUACACCUGGUUUUCUGCCCAUAUUUGUGAUACAGAGGGCAGGUGCUGUGUUGUACUACUACUUCUACAAAAGAACAGCAUUGAAGUUAGGAGACCCCAGGUUCUACCAAGACUCGGCCUGGAUCAGGAAGGAGUUUGAGAAGAGAAGAUAAUCCAUGCUGAUAUGACAGUUGUUUGCCCCAGUGAUAGUGAGAAUGAGGAGUGUGUAAGGGUCUGUGGUAGAAUAUAUGCUAGAGUGUGUAGAGUUGUGUCCCUUGUGGUGGCUAGUGUGUUGCCAUAUAAGAAGACUACCAGUUAUCUCAAAUGUGUUGUAUGUUUGGAAAAGUGAUUUCAACAGCCAUCCCCUCUCACAUAUAAAGAUACACUGCCAUGUCAUCACAAAUAGAUCAAAUGAUAUUUAAAAUAGAUACAAAUUGUCUUCAGUUUUGAUUUAUUUUGAAUCUGAAAUCUGACAUUGACCUUGUACUAUGUAUCAGGCAAAGGCAUAGCUAAGCAUACACUUAAAUGUACAGGGUCAUAUUUCUGGAAUCAGUGUCACAUUUCCUCACACAUAUUAGCAAAUAUUAGCAAAUAUUAUUGAUGGCAUAAUUUCUAAAUGUUUUGUUUAAUAAACAAUAUUUGAGUAAGUUAGGUUUACACCCAUAAAAAAAGUAUAUAAUUUUACAGUCGCCUGUAGCCAUAUAAUGAAAGAAUCAUACAAAAAUGAUUGAGUCAUUGAUUGUAUGUCAAAGCUGUCCAUCAUGAGUUGACAUUAUAACAUGAAUGUUCCUUUGUGGUAGGAAUGUUCCUUUGUGGUAGGAAUGUUCCUUUGUGGUAAGAAUGAGGAGUGGCAGGAGACUGGAAGUUAUACCUGUAGUGACACAGGUUUGGCGAGUUUUAAUAUAUAACAGGUGACUUAUACUGAUAUUUAUAUUUUAAUAUCAAAAUGUGAGAUUUGUUUAAAAAGAAAUGAAGUAGUUGUCGACUAAGAUUUUUCUCCCUCUGUUGCUGUAAUUAUGGUAUAUUGUAUUACCAGAUAAUAGUGAAAUGCCUAACAUUGCCAAAAUGGUCAAUGUAUAUAUAUGAUAUAUAUAUAUGGGGCAAAGAAGUAAUUCCAACAGUGUGGACAAGUUUAGGUUGUCAAA